GAAUUUAGAUGGAAGGAGUUUAGUAGAAAUCGGACUUUCGGGAAAAUUUAGUGGUUGUAGAUUUGGACUAAGCACAUGCGGUAAUUGGAACGGCAUGUGCCUUUGUAAUUAAUAAAAUUGGGUCGAAAGCGGCGGCGCAUCGCUCCCCACUCCUUAAAGCGUUUUCCCAAAGCUCCCUGCGUCAAGAUGGACGUAAAAGCUUGAAUGAAAUGGCCGCCGUUGAGCAACCGAUGCUGAAGAAAACGCGAACGGGUUAUCGUGUCGAUCAGUUGUAGAAAAAUGGGCCCGGAACGCGUUUGCAUUCGCGAGUGCCCAUUGUCCAACGCGAAAUUAUUCCGAGUUAGUCCCACCAACUAGCAAUAAAUGAAGACUAAUACCUUACAUGACUUUUCAAGGACAUACAAUCAUAAUAAAGAAAGUUGAUGUAAGUAGAGUGGCUUUAAUAUAAGUCAAAACUACCAAAAGUCAGAGAGCCUUCGAAUUCUGCAUCCGACCAACUACAUUUGUGGGUCAUUUCUUAAUAUCGAUUUAUUUUGUCGCAUAGAGGCGACAAUAAGGCCCGUUCACAAUCCAUUCAAAGCUUAUUACUGUAUACUUGCAGAGCCCACACUAAACACAUUACGCUUUGCAGUGCUUUCGCUGUUGUGCAUCGUUUUGUCCAUGUAACCGAUUGUCUUCGAUGUUAGACACGGUGACAUGUGAUUAUUUCGACAAACCUCAAUGCAGGGUAUCGAGGGGGCCUAAGUGUGACGAGACAUGUCCGAAGCCUCUGACGCAUUGUCCGAAGAGGAACGCUGCCUAUUCCGUCCAUUCACACGUGAAUCGUUGGCUGCUAUCGAAACCCGUAUCGCUGAAGAACAUGCAAAGCAGAAAGAGCUCGAAAAGAAAAGAGCUGAAGGAGAGACCGGUUUUGGACGAAGGAAAAAGAAAAAAGAAAUUCGGUAUGAGGACGAGGACGAAGAUGAAGGCCCCCAACCUGAUCCUACCCUCGAGCAGGGAGUUCCCAUACCAGUACGGUUACAGAGCAGUUUUCCUCCGGAACUGGCAAGUACUCCACUUGAGGACAUCGAUCCAUACUAUAGCAAUCAGAGAACGUUUAUAGUAGUCAGUAAAGGCAAAGAUAUUUUCCGAUUUAGUGCUACAAAUGCUAUGUGGAUACUUGACCCGUUUAAUCCAAUCCGUCGAGUGGCAAUUUACAUUCUCGUACAUCCUCUGUUUUCCCUCUUCAUUAUUACUACAAUUCUCGUCAAUUGCAUCCUCAUGAUUAUGCCAACCACACCCACCGUAGAGUCAACAGAAGUAAUUUUCACUGGCAUCUACACAUUCGAGUCAGCUGUGAAAGUGAUGGCAAGAGGUUUUAUACUUCAACCGUUUACCUACCUUAGAGAUGCAUGGAACUGGCUCGACUUCGUAGUGAUAGCUUUAGCCUAUGUUACUAUGGGAAUAGACCUGGGAAACCUUGCUGCCUUGAGAACAUUCAGAGUACUUCGAGCUCUGAAAACCGUUGCCAUUGUGCCAGGUUUGAAGACUAUCGUAGGAGCUGUAAUAGAAUCAGUAAAAAAUCUGCGAGAUGUGAUAAUAUUAACAAUGUUUUCUUUAUCUGUGUUCGCUCUUAUGGGUUUACAAAUUUACAUGGGCGUUUUAACGCAAAAAUGUAUUAAAAGAUUUCCGAGAGACGGCUCGUGGGGUAACCUAACCGACGAGAAUUGGAAGAGAUUCGUCAGUAACGAAACAAACUGGUUCAAAAAGGACGAUGACUAUCCACUGUGCGGAAACUCAUCAGGAGCAGGACAAUGUCAGGAAGGUUACGUUUGCCUGCAAGGAUUCGGCGGUAAUCCUGAUUACGGAUACACGAGUUUCGACACAUUCGGUUGGGCCUUUUUAUCUGCAUUUCGUCUCAUGACGCAAGAUUAUUGGGAAAAUUUGUAUCAGCAAGUUUUGAGAUCGGCGGGACCGUGGCAUAUGUUAUUUUUUAUAGUGAUUAUUUUCCUGGGUUCUUUCUAUCUAGUGAACUUGAUCUUGGCUAUCGUUGCGAUGUCAUACGACGAACUCCAGAAGAAAGCGGAAGAAGAGGAAGCAGCAGAGGAAGCUAUUAGGACGGCUGAAGAGCAAUCGAGAUUAAAGCAACUUGAAAACCCUCAUCAAAACAAAAGGCGUCCAGAUCCAGGUGGAGGUAACGAAGGGAACAUUCACGAAGAAUUACCGCCCCGACAUUCCCCUUCAGCCUCGUCCUGCCAAAGUUACGAGCUCUUCGUCGAACAAGAGAAGAUACAGGAAGAUAACAACAAAGAAAAGAUGAGCAUUCAUUCUGAAGGACUUGAUUCCGUGAGUGAGCAGAGACGGAUUCGUACUAAUCCCACCAAGAUGCGGAAAGUCAGCGCUACUAGUUUAAGCCUCCCGGGAUCGCCUUUUAAUUUUCGAAGAGGUUCAAGGGGUAGCCAUCAAUUUACAGCUCGCAAUAAUAGACGAAUUAUGCCACCGGGUGAUCGUAAACCGCUGGUGUUAUCGACAUAUCUGGAUGCUCAAGAACACCUCCCGUAUGCCGACGAUUCUAACGCCGUUACUCCAAUGAGCGAAGAAAAUGGAGCAAUGGUCGUUCCAAUGUAUUAUGCUAGUUUAGGGUCAAGACAUUCUUCUUAUACUUCCCAUGCUUCUCGAAUGUCCUAUACUUCACACAACGAUCUCCUAGGAGGUCUUGGUGGAAAUGGCCGAAUCAUAACCAAGGAGGAACAGUUGAAGGGGCGCCUGAAGAAACAGACAAUGGCUCCUAACUAUGAGGAAUUCAAUCACAAACCGCACUGCGGAAACUACAAUGGACCAACAGGUACAGUGAUUGAAGGUAAAAUUAAGAAUCUUGAUAACCCAUUCGUGGACGGUAACCAAAAGCAACCUAUCGUCGACAUGAUGGACGUAAUGGUUUUGAAUGACAUCAUUGAACAAGCAGCAGGAAGACAAAGUCGAGCUAGUGAAAACGGAGUUUCUGUUUAUUAUUUCUCAGCCAAUGAUGAUGAUGAAGAUGAGCCAACAUUAAAAGAACGUUUAUUAGAAAGCACUAUGAAAAUUAUAGACACACUGUGUGUCUGGGAUUGCUGUUGGCUGUGGGUUCAAUUGCAAAAGUAUGUAGCGCUGAUAGUUUUUGAUCCGUUCGUCGAACUAUUCAUCACACUUUGCAUCGUCGUUAAUACCCUAUUUAUGGCACUCGAUCACCACGACAUGAACAAGGACAUGGAGAAGGCAUUAAAAAGUGGAAAUUACUUCUUCACGGCAACGUUCGGCAUUGAAGCAACAUUGAAGUUGAUUGCGAUGAGUCCGAAAUAUUACUUCCAAGAGGGUUGGAAUAUUUUCGACUUCAUCAUUGUUGUUUUAUCCCUUUUGGAGCUGGGAUUGGAAGGCGUCCAGGGAUUGUCAGUGUUGCGAUCUUUCAGACUGCUAAGAGUGUUCAAACUGGCUAAAUCCUGGCCAACGCUGAAUCUUCUGAUUUCGAUUAUGGGACGAACGAUGGGAGCUUUGGGCAACCUGACGUUUGUCCUAUGUAUUAUCAUAUUCAUAUUUGCAGUAAUGGGCAUGCAACUUUUCGGCAAGAACUACACCGAUAAUGUGGACAGAUUUCGUGAUCACACCUUACCACGAUGGAACUUUACAGAUUUUAUGCAUUCUUUUAUGAUAGUAUUUAGAGUGUUGUGUGGAGAAUGGAUCGAAUCGAUGUGGGAUUGUAUGUUAGUAGGAGACGUAUCAUGUAUUCCAUUUUUCUUAGCAACGGUAGUCAUAGGAAAUCUUGUGGUUCUUAAUCUCUUCUUGGCCUUGCUCUUGAGCAACUUUGGUUCGUCAAAUCUUUCAGCAGGUACUGCUGAUAACGACACCAACAAGAUUGCAGAAGCAUUCGAUCGUAUUGGCCGUUUUAUCGAUUGGAUUAAACUGAAUGUAACGCACUUUGCUAAAAAGAUACGCUUCAAACUCACCAAUCAAAUUUCUGACCAGCCGCCAGGUGAGGGACCGUCCAACAGUUGGAAUCAAGAUACGAGAGACGGGGGCUUGGAACUAACUGGAGAGGAAAUACUAGCUGAUGGAAUGAUCUUUCCCCACAAGAAGAGUCCCAAAGAUAAAUUAGAGGUGACAAUAGGCGACGGCAUGGAAUUUACGAUUCACGGUGAUUCCAAAGCAAAUCUAAAGAAAGUUAAAAAUAAUAUAAACAAAAGUAAAACUAUAGGAAAUUCUAUUCUUGAACAUAGCGAUUUCAAUGCUUAUUUCGACGACGAUUUGAUUAGUAAUAAAUCUUAUGGUAGUCAUAAGAACCGUUUCAAAGACGGAAGUCAUAAAGGAAGUAUCACUGUCACAGAACCAGAAGACCAGGAAGAAAAGAAAGACGCGAGUAAAGAAGACUUUGAGGCUGCCAAUGCUAGUGAAAGUGAACAGGAAGAGAGUCAUUUAAAACGAGCCCUUGUCCAUGAAAUAGAAGCGGAAGAAGGACCUCCAGAGUCCGCGGAAGAUUGCUUCCCGGAAUCCUGUUACAAAAAGUUCCCUUUUUUAGCAGGAGACGACGAUUCGCCCUUUUGGCAGGGUUGGGCUAAUCUAAGGUUCAAAACAUUCGAACUCAUCGAGAACAAAUACUUUGAAACAGCAGUCAUUACAAUGAUUCUACUAAGUAGUUUAGCUCUAGCGUUAGAAGACGUUCACUUACAAAACAGGCAUAUUCUACAAGACAUUUUGUACUACAUGGAUAGAAUAUUCACUGUCAUAUUUGCAUUUGAAAUGUUAAUCAAAUGGCUCGCCCUAGGGUUCAAAGUCUACUUCACAAACGCGUGGUGUUGGCUAGAUUUCGUCAUAGUCAUGGUAUCACUUAUAAAUUUCAUAGCAUCUCUCUGCGGUGCAGGUGGAAUUCAAGCGUUCAAAACUAUGAGAACGCUUCGAGCUCUCAGACCUCUAAGGGCUAUGUCAAGAAUGCAGGGAAUGAGGGUUGUUGUAAACGCACUUGUGCAAGCCAUACCAUCCAUUUUCAAUGUACUCCUCGUGUGUUUGAUAUUUUGGCUGAUUUUCGCCAUUAUGGGUGUACAACUAUUUGCCGGAAAAUACUUCAAGUGUAUUGAUGGUAACAAAUCAUACGUUAGUUACGAAAUAAUUCCCGAUAAAAACGCAUGCCAAGCUGAAAAUUACACUUGGGAAAAUUCUCCCAUGAAUUUCGACCACGUCGGCAAAGCUUAUUUAUGUCUAUUCCAAGUAGCAACAUUCAAAGGAUGGAUUCCAAUAAUGAACGACGCUAUUGAUUCAAGAGAACAAAUCGAUAAACAACCUAUAAGAGAGACAAAUAUCUACAUGUACCUUUACUUUGUUUUCUUUAUCAUUUUUGGAUCAUUCUUCACCCUCAAUCUAUUUAUAGGAGUAAUCAUUGACAAUUUUAACGAACAAAAGAAAAAGGCAGGUGGAUCGUUGGAAAUGUUCAUGACCGAAGACCAAAAGAAGUAUUACAACGCCAUGAAGAAAAUGGGUUCCAAAAAGCCAAUGAAAGCUAUACCCCGACCACAGUGGAAACCUCAAGCGAUAGUGUUUGAAAUAGUGACUAAUAAGAAGUUUGACAUGAUUAUCAUGUUGUUUAUUGGUUUGAAUAUGUUGACGAUGACAAUGGACCAUUACCAACAAAAGGAAACCUUCACGAAAAUUUUAGACUACCUCAACAUGAUAUUUAUUGUUAUUUUUACCACCGAGUGCCUCAUGAAGAUUUUUGCAUUGAGAUAUCACUAUUUUACGGAACCUUGGAAUUUGUUUGAUUUGGUGGUUGUCAUACUAUCUAUAUUAGGUUUGGUGCUAAGCGACAUUAUCGCUAAGUAUUUCGUAUCUCCGACGCUGCUCAGAGUGGUACGUGUUGCGAAAGUAGGUCGAGUUUUACGUUUGGUAAAGGGAGCCAAAGGCAUAAGGACACUCUUGUUUGCCUUGGCCAUGUCUCUGCCGGCUUUGUUCAACAUUUGCUUAUUACUUUUCCUGGUUAUGUUCAUCUUUGCAAUAUUCGGAAUGUCAUUCUUCAUGCACGUCAAAGACAAGAGCGGACUUGAUGACGUAUACAAUUUCAAAACUUUUGGACAAUCAAUGAUACUACUAUUUCAGAUGUCAACAUCCGCUGGAUGGGAUGGUGUUUUGGAUGGUAUAAUAAACGAAGAAGAAUGUGACCAACCGAACCCGGAAAUAGGAGAUCCAGGAAACUGCGGCAGUGCUACCAUUGGAAUAGCGUUCUUGCUCAGUUAUCUCGUUAUAUCAUUCCUUAUUGUCAUCAACAUGUACAUUGCCGUUAUCUUAGAAAACUAUUCUCAAGCAACCGAAGAAGUCCAAGAAGGUCUUACAGACGACGAUUACGACAUGUAUUACGAAAUCUGGCAGAACUUCGACCCCGAAGGAACUCAAUAUAUCCGAUACGAUCAACUAUCAGAUUUCUUAGACGUUUUAGAGCCACCAUUACAAAUCCACAAACCGAACAAAUACAAAAUUGUAUCAAUGGACAUUCCCAUUUGCAAAGGAGACAUGAUGUAUUGCGUAGAUAUUUUAGAUGCUUUAACCAAAGAUUUCUUUGCCAGAAAAGGCAAUCCUAUCGAUGAGGCUGGUGAAAUAACCGAAGUGCAACAGAAGCCAGUAACUCCCGGUUACGAACCAGUAAGUUCGACGUUGUGGCGCCAACGCGAGGAAUAUUCGGCCAGAUUAAUUCAAAAUGCAUGGCGAAAAUAUAAGCAGAGACGCAGUGGUGAAACUGAACAAAUUGAUGCAGCUCAACCACAAGAUGAUGAUGGCGGAGACGAGGAUGGUGAAGGUACAGGUGAGGGUGAAGGUGACGGUGAGGGUGAACCUGCAGCAAGACAGACAGCAGUUCUUGUAGAAAGUGAUGGUUUCGUUACGAAAAAUGGGCACAAAGUUGUUUUACACAGCCGUACACCAAGUCUUAGUUCGCGGUCGGCAGAUGUAUGAGACUGGCCCGUCCCUCCCUACGAAUAAACGGACUUUGCAUGUAUGUAAUAAUUGCUAGACUGAUAAAAAGAUUUUGUUUCAGCUGUUUACUGAUAUAAAUUAAGUUAAUUAAUUGAUAUCUCUAUGUAUACAUCGAAAUAAAACAACUGACAUUGUGUUCGUUUAGUUCGAUAUUCGAUUCAGAACUCAGCUGAAAUAGAGUGAAAGGAAUGAUGCGAAUGGUUUAAGAACUGUGCUGUGUAGUUUGAAGGAGAUAAUGUACUUUCGAGGGCGGUAUUAAACUGUUUUACUGCUCAUGUUGCUAUUACUAGACUUAAUUAAAUUACAUUUAAUUACGAGGUAAGCCAUUUUAAUAGAACCACUUAAAUAACUGCUGCGAAAAGGUCUAAAUCAAAAAAGUGUUUAACAAAAGCUACAUGGCUUUCAGAGGGAAAUCGAAAGAUGAACCUGAACUUGAUCUUGAGAUUCAAUUUCAAAGUUACUUCAAGGUUAAGUCGUUUUUUUUUUUUAAAUCGGUCAUAUCGUGUUAUGAUAAGUAUUAAAGGUGAUUUCAUGGUAAUUCCAAGAUUGACAUGUCAAAAUAAUGGAAUUUUUUGUUUUUGUUUUCAGUUUAGACUUUAGAGCGGAGGGUGAAUGUUCCCUUAAUGCAACAAGUUAUACAUUUUUUGACUCUUAACCCUGAGGUAAUAUUCAAAGUCAAUACUCAAUCAUGCAUGUCAAUAAUCUCUAAAUUUCACGAAAUAGCUUCAUGGUAGGCUCUAAAUUAGGAAAAAAAAAAAACAAAAAAUUCAUUAUUUUGCCCGUUUGACUUAUAAUUACCUUGAAAUAACCUUUAAUACUAAUCAUAAUACAGUAUGGCCGAACGUAGAAACUUACACCCUCUUAGAAUUCGAAUUCAGAAAUAAAACUAACUAUUUAAAUUCGAAAUAACAUUGAAAUUCGACCUUAAGGUCAAAUUCAAUAUUAUUAUUAAUUUGGUUUCCCCUGGAUGCCUUACAACUUUUGUCUGACCCUUUUUCGAUUUAAGUCUUUCCCUCGCAGUUAUUCAAGUACUUCUUUUUAAAUGGGUCACCCCGUACACCCGAUAUACAAGCAUUACUAACAGUCAAAAAAGAAAACCAAAGAGAAAAUAGCAUUAUGACCAGUAAUUAACAGUUUAUUCAAUUUCUAUAUAUUUUUUGACAUAUUUAUUUAUUUUAAAUGAGAGCAACAAUUCCCAAGUAGUUCUCAUAAAAAAUACGUUCUUAAACUAACGAAAUAAUAAUUUACAUUUUUCUGUUCUACAUUUCUUCCAUUUACUUGUAUUAGUUAUAACAAUUUGUUAAUUUUUUGACUAAUGCAAUGAGAAAAGUUCGUGAAUAAGAUAAGUGUUACAUAUGCCAAUGCACGCGAGCUAUGAUUAAAAGAGAUAACGCGAAGAAUGAAAAAAUUUUUUUAAACUUAAGCAAAUGUUACGCAUUCCUUUAUGGUGCUUUAUCAAUGAAUGUCUUCAAGCUAUCUUCACAUGCUACUUAGACUGCAUAAAGGGGAGGGGCGAAAAUUUUUGCUAUUAAAUGAUUUAAUUCCUCAUACAAUUGCUGUAAAUUUGUGUGAGUGGCAUUUUUUUUAUACAAAAAUAAAAACAAUUAUUGUAGAGCAAUAUUUAACUGUUUGUUGGUUUACGGCUAAACUAACUGUCAACUAAACUAAUUUUGCUAUUUUGGUUUUACGUUGGUAUUGAUAGAUAUUAUAUCGUUAACGUUAUCAAUUAUUAUCAUAAAUAUAUUGUAAACAAAAAUGUCACCCAUAUCAUGUGAUUAAAACGUAGUUAAAGCAGUAUAGAAAAUACCGUUGAAUGAUUGCCAACCUGUACUGUAAAAAAACGCUGUUAAAAUAGAAUAAUUUUGUUAUACAAUUAUUAUAAUAUAAUUAUUGUUGUUAAAUUUUAUCUUAAUGGCCCUAGGUGGUGUUUGCAUUCACAGAAUUUUGACUGACAUCAGCACACAAUUAUUAAGUAAGUCGUUAGAAUAUUUUUAUCGAUAAAUUUAGUUUAUUCGCGACAAAUUGACCGCAGUUCCCAAGCGGUCUAUUUGACGAAAUAAAAAAAAAAAAAACCCAACCUAACCUAAUGCAACUUAAUCAAGUUGCCUGCUGGAUUCGGGCAGUCGAUUUCGUUUGUAGCACAACUGUUUAAACACAUUAUAAAUUUAUCAGAGUUUAUUCAGACACUUCCAAGGACCAAAGUGCAACGUGAUAAUUAUUAAUUACUGCGCUUAUUAAUUCCAAUUCACCGCUUUGUUAUAGUUCAAUUUUCAAAAUAUUCACCUCAUUGGAAAGUAAUAACUUUUAUACGUAAAAAAAUAUUGCUACUCGCGAUUCCAAAAAAAAAAACAAUUAACUACAACGGCAACGUUUCUUUUUUAUCCCUGAUAUUAUUGUUGUUUUCUUCUUCCAAUAAUUCAAUCUUAGAAUGACGAAAUUGAUAAUUUUUUUAACAAAAACAUCCUAGAUACUUACUUAAAAACAAAGCAACAAAAGCAAUAAUAGAGGCAGAACAACUUUGUAAAAAAACAACAAAGGAAAAUUGAAUAGGAUGUAAGGGGGUAAAAAGGAAAAUUUGUUUUAAUUCUAAACACGUUUCACCAAAAAAUGAUCGAUCACGUGUUUUACUAAUUACGUUGACUUUUUUGUGUCAUGUCCUAAUUUUUUAAAGGUAAUUUAUAUCUUGAAAUAUUCCAAAAAGAAGUAAAAAAUAACAAGAGUUAAAACGUUCUGUAUUUUAAAUGUUAGAAAAAAAUGAAAGGUACAAAUACCUAAAAUGGCCGUAUGUUGAAAUAAUCAGACUUUCAGAAAACAUCCACAAAAAAGUCAUCAUUUUGCACAUGUCUGUAAAGAGGCUUUUUUAUAUUCGCGUCUAAUAUAAUUCUUAAGUGUAUGUGGGCACCCAUAUGUUAUCUUAACAUAUGAAUUAUGACAUACGCGU